AGGAAAAGAAAAUAACGACAAUUGGAUGAUAAAAGCCUGCCAUUUGGGUUGUUGUUUGCUGUAAGGGUCGGACGGUGAGAACUAUGGCCGACCACGACCACCCUUCUGAAGACCUCGACCAACUCCUCGACAGUGCCUUGGAUGAUUUCCAGAACUUCAACCUUAAUUCUUCCCUUCCAAGUGGGGAACCUCCUGGGAACAAAAAGGAGUCUCCUUUGCCUUCAGGGGUUCAAGGAUUGGGCAUGGGGUUACCUGAUUUGACAAUUAAGAAGAAGGGAAAACAGAAGGUUUCUAAGGAUACCCAUGUCUCCGAGGCCCUCAACAAACUCAGGGAGCAAACCAAAGAGGCCGUUAAGGGCCUCGAAUCUAUGUCCCCACCCGGUGGUGUAGAUGAUUUGGGUAAGGAUGCCAUGAUGGAGGAUUGGGUCAAACAGUUUGAGGAGCUUGCUGGCUCUCAGGACAUGGAAUCCAUUGUGGAGACCAUGAUGCAGCAACUUCUGUCCAAGGAUAUUCUUCAUGAACCAAUGAAGGAAAUAGGAGAAAGAUAUCCAAAGUGGUUGGAAGAGCAUAAAACCAGCUUGAGCAAAGAAGAAUAUGAACGGUAUUCACACCAGUAUGAACUGAUUCGAAAUCUUAAUGAAGUUUACGAAAAUGAUCCUGGAAACUUCAACAAGAUUGUUGAGCUCAUGCAGAAAAUGCAAGAAUGUGGACAACCACCGAAUGAUAUUGUCCAGGAGCUUGCUCCUGAUUUCGAUUUAGCCAGUCUUGGACAGUUAUCUCCAGAAAUGCUCGACUCUCAGACAAAUUGUUGUAUAAUGUGAAGCUAUUUCUUCCCUCUUACUAUGUGGCUGCUGCUGGUUUACAGAUUCUUAGGAACAUUUGUUUUUCUCUUGUCCAAUAAAAUAUGCGCUACAAUUUUUCUUUUACUACUUAUGAGGAAUCGACAGUUUAUAGCCUGCCUCUGUUUAAGGUUGUAUGUGAUCCUGAGGGCUUCUCUAUUAACAUUUUCUUAGAGCAAUGAUAAGUACAAGUUGCUAGUUGCAAACAAAAUUUGCUUGCUCGAGAUCCUUGAAUUUGAUGUCCAUCAUGAAUCAUGAUGAGCUAUUUGCAAGACUGAAAAUCACAAAUUCCUUAGGU